AUGUGGAACACAGGAGACCUAAAGCCAGACUGUAACGGAAUCAGAAACAAGAAAGGGGAAGAAAAUGCCAACACGUUUGCUGCAAACAACGAAGAUCUGGAAUUGGCCCUUGGGGACAGUAAUCUUGAACCAGAGUCUUCAGCGGCCAGAGGUGAGUACUAUCUCGGCGCCAGGCUCUCGGGGCGAAUCCUCCGCCAUCGUUGCUGUCGUGGCUCCAGGAGCGCUGGGGCUUCGCCAUCCCGGCAGCUGAGCUCCAAGGGCCAUGGGUCCUCGCCGCGGGCGGCUGUGCUCUGCGUGGAGGGGAGCGCGGGCGCCUCCGAACUGGAGCCCCGGGGCGCGCAGGCUGCGGAACAGCGAGAGGGGGCAGGCAUGGGUGACGGGGCCGGGCCGCCGGCGGAGCUGCGGGGGGAUCAGACCGAACGGGGACGCCCGAGGCUCGGCUUCUACGGUGAGGGGUGGCCUAGGACGGAGCGGGAGUGCUGAGAUCGGCGCCCGGUGUGGAGGCUGCGAGGUCGGAGGGUCCGCACCGCGCAGUGCCUAAGCCUGAGGCUGGAGGCACACGGUGUGGUGGGGAAGGGUCGACCUCGUGCUGGGCGGUUACCCUGACCCCCCCCCCCAAAAAGGGAAAAAGAUGGCUGCGAUGAUGUCAUAUCUUAGGACACCUUUGGAUUAAUCAUGAAAAUAACUAUCCUCUGAGCAGCUGUUGGUAUUUUCAGCCUCCUUGGUUACUAGCUGAUUGUGUUAGUAACUAGCUGCUGU